AUGUCCGAGAAGAACUUUGAAAUCUGGAUCGAGGACGUCCAGGCUUUGCGCCCCGAUGCCCUCCGCGGGGACCUGGCGGCGCUCCAAGCAGGUCCCACUGCACGCUCGCGGAUCGACCCAGCUGUGAUGCCGUUGCUACAUGCCGAGCUUGCGUCUGACAGGGACAUCUUGGUUCAAGAGCAGAACGGUGAGCAGUUCCUCGCUGAAAGACAGCGCAGCAGAGCAUCACUGCUGCACGCCGCUGCACACAAGCCGAGGUUUGCUGCGAACACGCUCUCGGAGCAGGCUCGAAAACAUCGGCCGCGAAAAGACGACUCCGACCAGAAGAUCAGCCUCGAGAAGCUGGAAAGAAGCCUCGAGGAUCUUGUUGACCUAGUAGAACUCAAGGCAAACACCUUCGCAGACGCGGAAGUCGCCACCGGCAUGGACCACCCGGACCCCACCAGCUCGAUGACAGCGGAAGUGGCGUGCCCCGUACAGGAGGAGGUGAGUGAGGUCAAGACACCAUUCGAUGCCGUGCAGAAGAUGGUUUGCAUCGGCUUUGACUUGCAGUCCACCCUGGACGGCAGCGACUCCCCGGUUUUCAUCACGGUGGCAGAGAACGUCUUUUUGCUGGUGUACACCAUUGAGUGGGCUCUUCGAGUGCUCUCCAUGGGUUGGUGUGCCUACUACACAGAUCCCUGGUGCCUCCUCGACUUCACCCUGCUGGUUUGUGGGGCGAUCGGUGGAGUUGUCGUCCCUGUUCUGAGAUCCACAGGGCAAGAUAUGGUCUCUCUGGGUUGGCUCCAAUCAAUAUUGGUAAUUCGAGCUCUCCGCUUGUUACGGCUCGUCCGGGCGCUGCGGGCCUUGACUUACUUCCGAACAGUCUGGCGCUUGGUGCACGGACUGCUGACUUCCUGGAAUGCUAUGUUGUCUACUCUUGCGCUCAUAACGCUGACACUGUACACAUCGGCCUGCAUCGCCAUAGAGAUCGUGACGAAGGAUGUUGAGCUCAACAGCAACCCCACUACUGCACCAAUCGUGCAAGCAAACUUCAGCAGCCUUGGAACAACUUUUCUCACUCUGACGCAGUUCGUAGCCCUGGACAGCGCAGCGGCAGUGUACAAGCCGAGUCUUGGUUCGCAGAGUCGACAGAGUUUAGACAAAGUGCUUGUAGAGGCGAAGCCUAUCCUGAUCUUCUACUUCGGCUCCAUCGUGCUCUUCGUGUCAAUCGCACUGAUGAAUCUCGUGACGGCGGUGCUGGUGGAAGGUGCGCUGAACCAUGCUCAGUCCGAUCGGGACCUCGAGAAGAUCGACCGAAACGAGCGUUUGAGCAAAGCCCUCACCCGCCUGGUCGUGUUAUUUGGCGACAUGGACAAAAACGGCGAUGGUACCGUCACGCUGGAGGAGAUGCAGGCGGUGCCUCCAAAUCUGCUUCCACCCGAAAUCUUUGAGAAUGACCUGGCAGUCACGAUCGCGGAGGUCUUUCAAGUCUUGGAUGUCGACGAUCAGGGCACGCUCGACCAGCGAGAGUUCGUUGAGGGCCUGCUUGCGGUUUACCUCCAAGAUAUGCCACUGGCGCAGCUGGAAACGCUGAAGCUCCUUCAGAAGCAGAACAACCGGCUGGAUGAGAUUUACAAGGCCCAAGGGCUUCUGCAAGUUGGUUAG